CACGGAGACCUAUCAUAGUCAAUAGGACUAUCUUCAUUGUUGUCAUUGGCUCUAUUAGCCCAUCAGGUGAUUGAACCCAUCUGCGGACAACGGUUCAUAGAGAUCUCCUCUGUUCAAUCAGAGUGCAAUCGUCGUCCUUGUUCGCGCCCUAGUCUCGGAAACCUCCUCGGUCGAAGAGAGAUUUCGAGGCGCGUCAUUAGUAUCUGCCCUUUAUUCCUUGGUGAGUUACUUGCCGUACGUACAUCAUGCAUCCCACAGCCUACAGCCUACAGCCUACAUCAUACAUCCCAUACAGCACUCGUUCUCUUUCACACCGGGCUGUGCCCAGGUGCUGGCCCAGAUUCCUCCUACACAAAUAGCCCCCUCCAGAGCCACCUCAAUCCCGGCAUAUAGGUACACCCAGCUAUUCUCAUCUAAUUGCGUUGUCGCAAGCUCUACCCCAGGAUGGUACAUCGAUCCCUCAGAUGCACCUGUUUGUCAAUAUCUAAUAUCGCAUCCCUUCCUCUCUUUCACUGGCAUGCUGUUAGUUGCACUCCUCGCCUAAUUCGUGGAAUUCCCUCGUUUUUCUUUUUCUAUCUUUCUAGAAUCAGUCUACUAACAUUCCUUCAUGAUAAAAAGACGCGACUAGUCCCAUCAGUCCGGCACGCCUACGCAAGUGAACCCAAGUAUUCGGGAACCUGCCAAAAAGAGGUAUGUAUCUAUUCGGUACUCUUGCUACAUUUGCACACACCUACGUCGCUUUUCCCUUUAUCCCCCAUCUGCCCGUCUGCAACGAUACAUCCGCACACCACCUACACCGCAGCGCACCAUCUCUUCUCUUUCCCACUAAGGCAAGGCUUGACGAUCGGGUAUACCCUCUUCACGUCGCAAACUCAUCCACUCAAGGCACCAACCCAUCUAUUCUUGCGUAACUCGUCUCGGCCCUUUCCUUUUCCUUCCUUGUCCCUUUUCUCCCGCACACCUUUUCCUUACCUUUGGUGUGCUUGUGUGCCUGUGCGUCUAGUAGUCCGCUGCCUCAUCCCAAACAAGCUACAUAUAUGUACGUCGCAUGUGUCCGAUGAAUGCAUAUGCUUCUUGGCCAAUCGCCCGCAAUGCAGCCUUGAGAUUCUCGAGCUCCGCAUAGAGCUUCGAUAACCUAGCUCUACAUCUACCUCGCAAGGUAUAGCUAGCAUCGGGCAGCCUUUGCCUUGCGCCACUUCUGGGCAAUGGAGUUGGAUCUCCUUGUCGCUCUGUGUGAGCUGGUCGACAGGGUGGGGCCCAAGCUUGUGCAUAUUCCGUCAUGCAUGCCAGCGCAUCAAGUGGUGGC